GUUUAUUUAGAAAACAACAGUAACUAAGUGUCAAUCCGAGCAGAAAUGAAUUCCACUGGAGAUUACGAAUACUAUGAGUAUAUAUAUUACGGAACAAAUGACAAUAGUCAUAACAAAGGUAAUGAGCUUUCGAAAUGGGUAAAAAUAACAAGCGCAUUUCUGAUGUUGCCGAUAAUCGUGCUUGGUGUUUUGGGGAACCUUCUGACACUUCUCGUCUUUUUAACAAGGGAGCGUCGGAAAAGCUCUAUCGGCAUUUACCUCUCGGCAUUGGCCAUUGCGGACAUACUUGUUUUGACACUUCCAGGGAUGGAGUUUUGGCUUAUAACUGUUCACCAUAAAUACAUCCGAGACAGUUCCGAUUUAUUGUGUAAACUAUUCAGCUUCGUUACUCCUGCGCUAGCAUGCUUAUCCGCCUGGAUACUGGUUGCCUUGUCAAUUGAGCGUAUGCUGAGAGUAUGCGCACCACUCAAAAUGAACGUUUUGUCAAAACCAAAACACGCCAUUUUCGCUGUUGCGGCUGUGACUGUGACAGUAUCUGCCAUCUUCCUUCCGUUGAUAUCCGGAAGUAGCCUUGAGAAAUUUGGUAAUAUGUCGAUUUGUCUUUAUAUUGAUGAAUCGAUAUUUACCCCGGAAGCUUUUACCGCCCUGGACAUGACGUUCUUAUUCGCAGCCCCGUUUUUGAUAAUGCUUAUAAACAACAGCAUAAUUCUUGUAAAAGUGGCUGGGUGUGUGGAGCGAUAUUGCGGAAAAUCCAGAGAAAGCAAUACAGUUAGAAACUCGCCCCGACACCAAAGAAUGCUGAAAACAAUAACACGCCGAGUGAUUCUACUUUGUGUCACCUAUAUGACGUGUAAUGCCCCUUUAAUGAUACUAAAUGCAAUCGGGUCGUCUACGAAUUAUGACCAGCUUAGCCCUUUAUUUCAUAACCUCAACUUCAUGUUUCAUAUUCUCUUGUACCUGAACAAUAGUAUCAAUUUUCUAUUGUAUUGCUUGAUAGGUUCAUCGUUUCGAAAUGACUGCCUGAAAAUGAUGUCGAGUUUCAUGCGAAAAUUAUGUGCACUGUGUCAUAUCGGUACAUAUAAAUGAUUCUUAUAAUAUCCGUUUCAAUUCGUUGUUAACGUUCAAUUACAAUUUCAGAGAACAUGAGCAAUGCAUAGCUAUUGACGCACGUGAACCGUUGCCGUAUACAGUCAAAACUUGCUAUGUCGGAGUCGUUGGGACCUUUAGAUAUAACCGUUAUUCAAAAAUUGUAUAACUAAACCAAAUAGAAUAAAAUAGUUCGACAUAACCUGAACAUCGAGAUAACAGAGUUCGACAUAACGAGUUUCGACUGUAUAUGAAAAUAUUUUGGUGGUAAAAUGUCUCCAUUUCGACAGUUGCAAAGUGUUAUUACAUACGUUGUUAUGUAUUUUAUAAGGUCAUAUGAAUUCUAUGUUUAGAGUGAGAUAGUUUAACUACUGAUUGUCGUGUCUUUUUAAAGUAUUCACAAUAUAAUGGAUAAUUUUUGGAGAAUUAGAGUAUUUAAGCUAUGUUUAUACAAAGCUUUGUUUGCUAUACAUAUUUAAAUGUUAGUUUUAGCGUAUUGCACUAUUUGAUAGUCAGGUAAAUAUAAGACGUCCCUUUGAAAUAUAUGAAAUAUACUACAUGUAUCUUCCUCUCAUACGGGAAUUUUUAUUGUAAGGACUUCAUUUAAAAGCCCUUUCACGGUUCACAUAUACACUAAAUGGGGGCUUCGUCUUUUAAAUGUCAUUAUGAUGGACUUCAAAAUGUUCGUUUUUAAAUGUUGGGAACCAGAAAAAGCUUGCCCCAUCUUACUCAUAUAUAGCGCCUGCCAGCGGGUGAAAA